AUGCGUGAUGCCGAUGGAAAUUCGAUUGUCUUUCAAGCAUGUUUUGUUGAAUUUCCAUUGUUUAGAUUUGACCUUGUAAGCCGUUGUUUUCUAUUCAUAUGUUUUGUGCUAAGUCUUUUCGUCACAAUCAACGCGGAUUUGGAGUAUGCGGAAAAUUAUAUUGAUGAGACGACACGUACAACUGACCAAUCCAAAACACGGAAACCGUUGUAUCACGAUGAUCCGGGUUAUAAUCACGAUCAUGAUAUCUACAGUGAUGAAUCGAAUGAGGACGGUGAAGACUUUCUACAGACUGCUGUUUCAACUAGUACAACAACAACAACAACAACAACAACAAAAAGCACUACAACUGAACGUGAAAUAACAGAAGUUUAUGUAACAUCGUCAACGGUAGAUUUCGCAGGACUAAUAUCCGCUCUACAAUCAGUAACAAGAGAUCCGAAAGAGAUCGACGCAUAUCUCAGAAGAACAAAUCGAGAACGAUUGAUGCUGAAAGUCUUUGCAAUCGUAAUGAUAACCGCAAUGAUCAGUUUAACCAUCAUUUUACUAACACUUUUUUGUAUUCGAAAGAAACGUCGUUAUGAUGGUUACGGUCUUCCACAAAAUCAACCUUCAUCAAAAGCAUAA